GUCGGUUGGAGAGAGAGUCGAGCUGCAGUCACGCACACAGUAGCUGCUGCUGUUUUAGCUAGCUGACUCUGUACAACUUUUAUACUUUUGUACGUGUUUUUUUGCGUGUCAGAUGCACAAGUAACGGAGCCGGUCAAGCCCAUGACCCAGCCGGAACAGAAUGAGUUCAGGGAGAGAUGGGAGGACGCCCAGGCGUGGAUGCGGGCCGUCCAGGAAAGACUCAAGCUCAACGACAACACCGAAGGACCCAGAGCCGCUCUGGAGGCUCGGCUCAGGGAGACGGAGAAAAUCCACGAUUCGGAGCAGGAGGGCUUGAUGAAAAUGGAGCUGGUCCUGAUGUCCGCAGGCACUCUGCUCAAGAACGGAGACGAGGAGCUGAAGAACCAGACGCACGCCACGCUUAAAGAGCUGAAGACCUUGUGGGAUGAGACGAGCACCUAUAUCAUCCACUGCCACAGCCGUAUCGAGUGGGUGUGGCUGCACUGGAGCGAGUACCUGAAAGCCCACGAGGAUUUCAGUAUAAGGCUGGUGAAGGUGCAGCGGGUGGUGGAGCCUCAGCUGGAGCUGCAGCUGGGUCUGAGGGAGAAGCUGUGGCAAAUAGAGCAUCACCGAGUCAUCUGCAGCGACAUCAAGAGCCAGGAGCAGCUGCUGGAGCGCCUGCUGGACGAGGCCGGCGCGCUCCAUAACCGCACCCAGGACCCCAGCGUGGACGAGAGCGCCCAGAACGCACUGCAGGAGGCGUACGACAACGUCCGCACCCGGGCCGAGGAGAGGCUAGCGCUGGUGCAGAAGGUCGCAGAAGAGCACCAGCACUACCUAAGCAGCGUCCGCGAUUUCCAAGAGUGGUUGGUGCUGAAAACGGAUGAAGCGAGUCGUUUCACAGAGAUAGAGGACGAAUCGGAGAAUCGACUACAAGCCCUGCAGGACCUGGACGCCAGCGUGGCGCGCGAAGAAGAGACGCUGCUGCAAAUCGAAAGCCAGGCCGAGACCGUGAAAGCCUACACAUCACCCGCGGGAGCCGAGCUCAUCACGGAGGAAACGGAAGAGCUGCGGCUGGCGUGGGAGAGGCUGCGGAGCGCUCUGCCGGAGAUCCAUGCCGAGCUGAAGGGCUCCGCGGACGCGAGGAAAAAGUACCACACGCGGCGCGAGGACCUGGUCGAGGGCAUCCAGCAGCUCCGGGCGCUCGUGCGGGAAAUGAGCCAGAAGCUGGAGAACAAGGACGGAGAAAGAAGCGAGGAGAACGUGGUGGCUCAGUGGAAGACCUAUACGAGCGUAAGGGCGUUCCUCUUGGCCGAGGAACCUCGGGUCGAGCGGCUCAAAGCCCAGCUGAAGGAGUUAUAUUCCUUCCCACACGAUCCCCGACAACUCGCCGAUGAAGUCCUGGCCGCGGGGAAAGAGUACCAGAGCGUGAGAGGGCGCGCGUUCCGGCUCUGCUCGGAGAGCGAGACGUUUCUGAAGCAGGUCCUCCAGGACCCCCUGCACGUCUUCAGUAAGUGGAAUCAGACAGCGUCUCAGAUUCUCGAGUUCUCGGCCGACGUCAGCGACUUCGACAACAUCGCCGUGCUGGUGCAGAGCAUCGAGAAUCUGCUGAAGGAGAGCGUGCAGCUGCAGGAGAGACUCAGUCUGCUGCAGGCGAAAGCCGACCUGCUGAGCGCCGUGUUCGGCGAGGAGAAAGCCCGCAGCCUGCUGGAGGAGCUCAGCGCAGACAUGAGGAAGAGAGAGCAGCUUCACAGCCAACUUCUGCAGAGAAGAACCCACCUGCAGGAAUUAUUAUCAACGACAAAGAACUUCGGCGACGCUUACGACUCGAUCCACCAGAAGCUUGCGUCUAUAAAAGAGAGAUUCCACGCAGCAGACGGACUCCAGCCGGACCUCCUGACUAAGAAGAGUCAAGCCUACCAAUUUAAAGUCAUAAAGAAAGAUCUGGAAGACUGCGAGGCUCACAUGACCGCUCUGGAGACGCUCGUGUCCUCCAGCCCCGCUAACAGGACCAGGUUCGAGCGUCUCUACUCCGACUGGAAGCAGCUCAAUAAAGCCAUCCGGAUCAAAGUGAAUGACAGCGAGAAGAGUAUUUUGGAGCACGAGUCUUACCACGAAAGUCUAAUGAACAUGGGGGAAUGGCUGAUGAUCAUGAGGCAGACGCUCGAGUCUUUCCGAGGACCAGACGGAGAGUGGAGCGUGGCAAACCGGAACCAGGAUGCCAGGAAGGCGCUGGGCGAAUUUCCAGAAAAGGAGCUGCACCUGCACAGGACCGAAGCGCAGGGUCAAGUUGUGCUUCUGAAAACCUCUGAAGAGGGCCGAGUCACCAUUCAGUGUCAGCUCCAGCGCCUACGGGAGUCCUGGAUGGCUCUCGAUGAGCUCAGUCUGAACCUGCACAGACUUCUAAAUGGAGAAAUCGAUUCUUCGGUAGACUCGCAGACGAUUCAUUCACCCGACUUCCUGGAGGAAAGCGACGGAUCUACAGUCUGGAUCAGACCAGACAGCCAGUCAGGAUUCCAGGACGACCUCUCCCAUCUUUCCGAGCUCAGAGGUUCAGGAGGAUUCGAGGCGUUCCCCAGACAUGGGAAAUCCGUUACCAAGCACGACGACGCGUCUCAAACGGGAGACAUGGAGUUCAGUCCCGGAGGUGGAAUCCUGUAUCCUGAGGGUGUCCGGGGAGUCUGGAGAGGGGACGCGAGGGGACGUUCCAUAUCCGCAUCCAGAACAGACGAAGUGGACUCCGUAGGCGCAUCGGCUGGGCGAAGAUAUCAGGGUGUCGCAGAGCAGAAAGACGGAGGACGCUGCCGCGGCUAUGGAGCGGGAGCCGUCCGGAGAGGAGAAUCCGGGAACGGAGGGAGAACACGUGUCUGGGUCGAAGGGCAAACAUCUGGGUUGGAGGAUGGUCUGCAGAGGGAAGGCCACUAUGCAAUCGGCGCGUCGGGUAUUGGACCAAAACAGCCGUCUGCGUUUAAACUCCCUGUAGACACUGGAGCUCGCGGCUCAACAGACGUCAUGCUGGUGAGAGGAGAUUGGAAAUCCCGGAGGAGAGAGUUCGAAGCGUGGCUGCGUAAAGAAAACGAGAAACUCGCAAAGAUAACAAACAACCAAAGAGCGCUGAGCACCAAAGAGCUGAAGAUAAGACGGAACACACUCAAGGGUCUGCGUGCCGGCAUACCGUGGGGUCAGGAUCUGUUCCAGAAGCUCCUAAAUUCCUGGCACGCUGACGCGGGCGCAGAGGAUGCGGACCUGGAGGAGCUUCGCUACAGAUGGAUGCUUUAUAAAUCCAAACUGAAAGAGGCGGAAUGUGAUGAGGCGCCAGUCACACGCAAGGAUGUUGGAGGCCAGCAGGAGGAGCUUGUUCGCUCCAGAAAGCAGGAGAGCUGCUGUGGGUUCCUGUACCGUGUGUGUCGCGUGGCUCUCCCUCUGCAGCUGCUGCUUCUCGCUCUGCUGCUCUUCGCCUUCCUGCUGCCCAUGAUGGACGAGGGGACGAGCUGCUCGCUGUCCAACAACUUCGCCCGCUCUUUCAACGUCAUGCUGCGCUACCACGGCCCUCCGCCCACCUAAACGCACACACGUGUAUAUACAGCCAUGCACGCACAAUCAAUAAGCGUCUACAUAUGCACAUCUGCGCACACACAUACAUUUGCAUAGCUACACGUGCAUGCACGCACAUAACUAUACACAUACAAAUGCAGUUACACGAACGUCAUCUAUACGCAUCUAUAAUCACAAGCCUGCACACACUUAACUAUACGCAAUCGCGCACACACACGGUUCUAUAUAAACAGACACAGCUAAUCAAUCACACACGCAUAGAUAUACACUCUAUAACACAUAUGUACACCCAUACACAUGUACAAACACACCUGCACACAGUCGCACCAUGCAGACUGGACCUCUGCGCACCUAAUCACACACACACUUCUACGGGAUGCUCACAGCUCACCAUCAAACACACACACACACACACACAUUUAUCCACAUUUAAACAUGAGCUAUUUCAACUCCAAGCUCAAUCUGGCUAAAUACACACCUACACACACCUACACACUGAAGAGAGCAUGUUACCACUCAAAGGCGCCUCUUCUGUGUGUGGACUAUGUGUGGAAUUUACACUGUAUGUACUGGAGUAAUAAUCACUAUUAUUAUUAUUAUUAUUAUUAUUGUUAUAUAAUACAGUUGUGUUCAAUUAUUCGUUUUCCUAAAUGGGGGGAGAGGCUACAUGAAUUGGAGAUCAGUGACUGUAGCGUCAUAUUUCACACCCGGCUGGGCCCAACAGAACUAAGUUAUGUGUGUGUGUGUGUGUGAGAGAGUGAGUAGGAGGCUGGCUUUGAUGCUGGCAACCUGUUCCUCACGACUCGAGCUGUUGUGCUGUCCUGGUUUAUUACUAUGGCAGCGGAGUUAAGUAUCUCUCAGAGUGCAGAAACAUUUCUCUUUCAGCGUCUCGAUACACUUUGCUGUGUAAGAAUGCUAGCGUGUGUGUUUUAAUAUUGUUUUUAACAAGACUUAGUAAGUUGGACAUGGAACUACUAAAUCACAAAACCUAAGAUCAGUAUGAUGUCGGCAGGAGACAAAUCAUGGAAUAUCUUGUAGAUUUAUCGAUGGUAUCGAUAUUAUUAUUUGGUCAUAUCAAAAAGGAGGCAACAAAGUGUGGAUUCAAAUCAAAUUAAAAUAGAAGCUUUACCUUAGUAACAAGUAAAAAAUAAAAAAUUCAUUCCACAAGUUUGCCGGCUGAGUUUAGUUUACAAUAACAAAGUAUGUUAUAUUACCAUGGUUUACACUUCUAACCAGUCGUAUCUGGAAUUAAAAUUGUAUCAAAUCGUACUAAUUUCCCAGCAAGUCUACGUCCUUGUUAAUUUGAUUGUUUGACCCACCAAGGGGUCAGCUAACUAAUUUUACUUAAGCUUUUACAGUAACAGAACUAAAUGUAACCUGGCAUCUAAGAAUUCCUUAGUCGGAAAUGACAAGUGGAAGUCAGUAAGGAUUGUUAAAAACAGUAUUAAAAACAAGUUAUAUAUGUUACUUUACAUGUACAAGUACUUACAUACGUACAGACAUUUACGAUGCUAAAACUCUUGCUUUACUUGGCAACUGGGUACAAAGAAACUUUGCAUGGUUAAAAAACAAAAAAAUUAAAUCAGUAGCAGAAGAACCAAAGAUCAACAUUUGCUAUGCAUCAGUUACAAAAACCUUGCUACACACCUCAAAUUUAACAUUGGAUCAUGAUGUAAAGUUUUAUCACCAAUGCUAAAUUUUUGCAGCGAAGAAUUUUAGCUAAAAUUCUUCUUUUUUUUUUUUUUACAUUCAAAAUUGUCAUUAACCUGAAAGUACAACUUAAACAGAUCUUUGCUCGAUCUAGAAUUUUCAACUUAUCAGCAUCAACUGUACCUGGGUUGUUUAUUCACAUUAAUGAAUAAACAACCCAGAUAUAAUGUAUUAAUGUAGAAUUUUUAUAACGCGCUUUGAUUUAAAAUUCAAGGUACAUUUUUUUAUUUUACAAUUUUAAAUAAUUGUUUUAUUUUAUAGCUGUACAAGAAAAUGCAGAACGAUAUUAGAAAAAACACGACUUGUCAAGUUAGCUAGUUGAUUGUUCGUGAGCAGUGUAUGCAGGUCGUAGUGCGGAUGUCACUUUAACAAAACCCAAACCAAAUAUCAAGCUGGCUAUAACUAUCAAACUUAUCUAAUUAGGUUAUGUAUUAUUUUGUCUCACAAUAGUAGAUAGCUAGUUUUUUACAUUAUUUCACACCAAAAUUAGCUAAAAUGUAGCUAACUCAUACACCAACUAGCUUAUUUAAUAGCAAGUUAGUGCUAGAUUCCCAUUUUUAGAUUAUUUAUUUGAAUUAUUUAUUAUAAUGUGAGCUCACAUGGAAUUAACCACUAUAAGGUUCUUGUAAGGCUUUAUUUAGAUUCUAGGAAGGCAACGAGGUCAUGCUUUGCGUUAGAUAUGCUAACUGUAAAAAAUUUUCUUUGGUAUGGCAUGUACAUAUGUUUUUAACACAUUCACCGGGUUACUUUUUUUAAGUGGUUCUAAAGGGUCCAGCUGAUGGAGUGAAAAUAGCCUAGUAUGACAAGAAUGUCCUUGUCUUACAACGUCCUCUGAUUCUUUUUUGACCUCAGAGUUCAUCUCCACAUAUAUAUUUUUCCUUGCUAGCGGGCCGAGUGUUGCUACAGCAACCAGGACCAAAGUUAGUUAUUCUAUUAGGAUCCCGUCAUAACGGUCCAUUGGUAGUGCAGCUGUUUUAGAGAUUAUAAAAACGGUUCUGUUUGACUCGGAUUAUAUGUUUUGUAUUAUGCAGAACGACAAGGGCAUGGUUCGAGAGCCUGCAAAUGUGCGUGCAUGCAUGUGUGCAUGUGUAUGCUCUUAAAGGAGAAAUGUAGGAAGCUCAGGUGGAUUUUGUAUUUGAAAGCAGUGUUAAAUAUCUAAAUAUCUGUUUUGCCUGAAACAAACUUUAUUUAAGUCAUAU